AUAUCUUAAAGCAUAACUUUUCUGCAGUUUCUGUACUUGCUUUGACAGCCACAUAUUUAUUUACCAAUAUAAAAAUUAUUCAAUCAGUUUUAGAAAGAUCAGAUAUGAAAAUAAUUAGAACUUCAACUAUUCAACGCUCUGAAAUUAUAUUAGAGGUUAGACCCAAACUAGCCAACAAAGAUAAACUUUAUCAGGCUAUAUUUAGUCUACUAGAUAAUCUUGAGGGAUAUGCUAUCAUUUAUGAAGCCACAGUUAAGAAAUAUGAUGAUAUGACAAAGGCUCUUUGUAAAAAUUUUGAUUCUACAAUAGUUGGAAUAUACCACGAAAAACGAGCAAGUGUCGAACAAAUUACCAUGUUUGCAGGAUGA